AACCCUGGUUUUAAUGGUUUCAUCAAGCCUAUUUGGGCCAUGUUCGGGGGGCCAAAUGAAAAGCUUUGGCGGGCCGGAUGUGGCCUGCGGGCAGCCUGUUGAGUAAAUUCAAGAGGCGUUUGCGUUCAAGCUGAGAACUCGGAAUUCCCAAACUCCGUAAAUACAUGGAACCUUUAGUAAGUUUACUUGUGAAGUAAAACGUAAACGUGGACGAGAAAGACGACGUUGACUGUCCCACAGUGGAGUGACCUCUUCUAAUAUUCAAAGGAGCUUUACUACACAAAAAUGCAAAGCAGAGAAAAGCUGAAGAAGGAGGAGAUGGACGAGAAAAAUCAGUGUAAGAAAAGGCUGAGGGUGUGUGUGGCAACCUGCAACAGAGCAGACUACUCAAAGCUGGCUCCCAUCAUGUUUGGGAUGAAAUCCCACCCUGAUGACUUUGACCUGGAUGUAGUUGUGCUUGGGUCACAUCUCAUUGAUGACUAUGGGAACACUUUUCGUAUGAUUGAGCAGGAUGACUUUGACAUCAGCUCCAAACUGCACACAAUCGUGAGAGGAGAGGAUGAGGCAGCCAUGGUAGAGAGUGUCGGGUUGGCGCUGGUCAAACUUCCGGAUGUCCUACAGAGACUGCGGCCAGAUAUCCUAAUUGUCCAUGGAGAUCGUUUUGAUGCACUGGCUCUUGCAACUUCUGCAGCGCUGAUGAACAUUAGAAUACUUCAUCUGGAGGGAGGAGAGGUAAGCGGCACAAUUGAUGACUCAAUCCGCCACGCCAUCAGUAAACUGGCCCACUUUCAUGCCUGCUGCACACGAAGAGCAGAGCAGCACCUCAUCUCAAUGUGUGAAGACCACUCUCGGAUAUUGCUGGCCGGCUGCCCCUCCUACGAUAAGCUGCUUUCUCCUCAUUACCGGGAAGACUAUAUGGAUAUCAUUAAGAGCUGGCUGGGCGACAAUGUGCAGGAUCAUGACUACGUUGUGGCUUUGCAGCACCCAGUCACCACUGAUAUCCAGCACUCUAUUAAGAUAUAUGGACUCAUGUUGGAUGCGCUUGUCUCCUUCAACAAAAAGACCCUCAUCCUUUUCCCCAACAUUGAUGCUGGAAGUAAGGAGAUGGUUCGCGUAAUGAGAAAAAAGGGCAUCGAGCAGCAUCCCAACUUUCGGGCAGUGAAGCACAUUCCCUUUGAGCAGUUCAUUCAGAUGGUGUGCCACGCCGGCUGCAUGAUUGGAAACAGUAGCUGUGGAGUACGAGAGGCUGGAGCUUUUGGCACGCCAGUCAUCAACCUGGGAACGAGGCAAACAGGCAGAGAAACAGGUGAAAACGUUCUCCAUGUGAGAGAUGCCGACUCCCAUAAUAAGAUCUACCACGCGCUCCAGCUGCAGUUUGGAAAGCGAUAUCCCUGCUCUAAAAUUUAUGGUGAUGGAAAUGCUGUCCCUCGCAUUCUCAAGUUCCUCCGAUCCAUUGACCUGAAGGAGCCCCUUCAGAAGACUUUCUGCUUCCCCCCAGUCAAAGACUGUAUCUCCCAGGACAUUGAUCACAUCCUGGAGACACAAACUGCAUUAGCUAUCGACCUCGGAGGUACCAACCUCAGAGUGGCAAUCGUCUGCUCCAGGGGUAUUAUUGUGAAGAAAUAUACUCAAACUAAUCCAAAGACCUUUGAGGCCAGAAUGCAGCUUAUAUUGAAAAUGUGUGUAAAUGCCACACAGGAUGCGGUCUCUCUCAACUGUAGAAUACUGGGUGUUGGAGUGUCUACGGGCGGGCGUGUAAACCCACAGGAUGGUGUGGUACUGGACUCGACAAAGCUAAUACAGGAGUGGACCUCUGUUGACUUAAGAACACCCAUCUCUGACGCCUUGCACCUGCCCGUUUGGGUCGACAAUGACGGCAACUGUGCGGCAUUGGCCGAGAGGAAAUUUGGUCAUGGUAAAGGAGUGGAGAACUUUGUUACCGUCAUUACAGGAACUGGGAUUGGAGGAGGGAUCAUCCAACACAACGAACUGGUCCAUGGCAGCACUUUCUGUGGCGCUGAGCUGGGUCACAUAAUGGUUUCCUUAGACGGUCCAGAGUGCUCGUGUGGAAGCCGAGGAUGCAUCGAGGCUUACGCUUCUGGCAUGGCCCUGCAGAGAGAGGCCAAAAGACUGAUAGAUGAUGAAAAGCUAAAAGUGGAGGGAUUGGAUAUGAAGCUCUCGGAACCCAUCACCGCUGCUCACCUCAUCAGUGCAGCCAGACUGGGGAACGCCAAAGCUGAAGCUGCUCUCAACAAGGCUUCCACAGCACUGGGCGUUGGCAUUAUCAACAUCCUGCACACAAUCAACCCCUCACUGGUCAUCCUAUCUGGUGUCUUGGCCUCGUUUUACCAAGACCCUGUGAAGCGCUUUAUCUCCAGCAGAGCCCUCUUACCUGCCCAGAACACCACAGUGGUCGCAUCAGACUUGGAAGAACCUGCUUUGCUUGGAGCAGCUAGUAUGGUAUUAGACUAUGCUACAAGACGGAUUUAUUAGAGGAUAAAUAUAGUCCUUGCCCUUGCAUCAAAAACGAAAAUCCUACGAAGAACCUUAUUGUCGCACCUGUUCACUCUCCAUCUGGAUAUGGAAACAUUUUCGAAGCUAAAUUGAGAAAUCUGCUUGUUUUCUUUUUGUUGUAGUUGUGUUCACAUUAAUAUAAUUCCUCGGUAUCCUCAGCCAAAAGUCCAGAUUCCAGCAGAGAUACUCUUUUAUUGUGUCAAGGGGGUCCCUUGUGCAGUCCAUGUUAUUAUGUUCUUAUUUCAGAGAAAAUGCAAGUCGUUUUUGGCUUAAGUCAGACAACAAAUUGCUGUCCUUCAUGUUAUUAGAGCAGAUCACUUUUGACCAAAAUAUUUUGAAAGACUGCUCUUUAUUUUUUCCAUAGUUUAUUGUUUAACCUUUCUACAGGUUUUGUUUAUCCCUUACUGUGAUAAGGGCGAUUGACACUAUAUUAUGUUAUAUUUACAUAUAUUUUCUUAUCAAUCAUUGUGCACGAUUUAGGGUAAAAUAUAUUGAUGUUCAAGUUGGUAGUCUCAAAGACUUUUAGCGAUAAUGACCUUAACAUUGAAAUAAUAUAAUUAUUAAAUCAUAGACUGAACACUGUUGUGACUGAAACCAGUUUUACUACUUCUGCAGCUAUAUUGAAGGUAUGUUUGCAGCCCUACACAUUGUACUUAUCAUACAUAAAAUGUGCUUCCACUGA